AUGUAUGUUUCAUUAUUAAUUGUGAUAUCUUUUGAUCGUGUCGAAGCUGUUAUCCCCGUUGUUACUCAAGAUCAGGCGAAACAGAGGCGUAAAAUAAGGAAAUUAUUGUUGGAUAAGAAGAAAUCUAAUUUAGCUGGAUCUUCAUCAGGUUCUAUCAAUAAUAAUGUCCUAACCGAUGAUUCGAUGACAAUUCCGUCUGUUUCGCGUAUUGUUACAAGAGAAGUAUCGGUUUUCUCAGAAGCUGUUAUUCCCAUUGUUAGUCAAGAUGAGGCAAAACAAAGUCGGAAAAUAAGGAAAUUAUUAUUGGAUAACAAGAGGUGUAAAUUACAUGGAUGUCCAUCAGAAGAUGUCAGUAAUAAUGCCACAACAAAUGAUUUGAUAACAACUCAUGAUAACAGCCGAUUAAGGGUAGAUAUUUUGGAUAGUAAAAGAUCUGAUACGAGACACAUCAUAUCAUUCACUAAUAUAAAUUUACCGGCUUCUUCUCCAACCGAGUCAAUUCCAAAUGUCAUCUCUAAUGUUACCGAAACCACACCAUUGAUGCCAACAAGUAAUGUUAGUUGUAUUACUAACAAUGGCACUCAACCAACAAACUGUACUCCGCGUCAUAUUUCUUUUAACCUGACAUCAUUCACCGGCACCUCCACUAUGCUUCAAAAUUCAUCUUUGGAAAGGUUGUCAUCCGGAAAACGAAAGUUAAUUAGCACACCACGAAUUACAUCUCCAAUACCAAUUAUUGAUUUCAAUACAGAGGAAAUUGUAGAUCAAGAUCCGUUCAAGGGUCUCUCAAAAGAUUAUUUGGAUCAUGGUGACCAAUGCGUUACCUGUGAAGUAUGUAAUGCAAAGUUAUGGGACGCAGAAAAAGGAAGAGGAAGAAGAAAGGAUGGGAAAAUGUGUUAUUUCUUAUGUUGUUCUUACGGCAUAGUAGAGCUUCCAGAUUACAAAGAUGCCAGAGGAAGUUAUCGUAUCCUAUUUAGUAAAAAAAAUAAUGAAAGCAAGCAUUUUUUGAAGAAUAUUCGGCGUUACAAUUCCAUGUUUGCAUUUACUUCAAUGGGUGGUAAGGUUGAUUCAACGGUUAAUAGAGGCAAUGCACCGUUUUGCUUUAGAAUAAGUGGAGAAAAUUACCAUUCAAUUGGAAGUCUUAUGCCAAACAACGGAGCGCAACCAAAAUUUUGCCAACUAUACAUAUAUGAUACUGAGAACGAACUUGCAAACAGGCAAGCGAUAUUUAGUCGUUCAGAGGAUUCAUCGUCUUCUUAUUCUGCUACUCUUGAUCGUAAGUUAAUAGAACAUAUAAAAGAUGUUUUAGAUAACGACAAUGAGUUGGUCAAAACUUAUAGAAGAGCUAGGGAUUCUCUUCAAGACAGUCCUCAUGUAAAUUUGAAGCUUCGCCUAAUUGGAACAAGAGGAAAAGAUGGUCGGAGGUAUAACUUACCAACGGCGGGUGAGAUUGCCGCUCUCAUUGUUGGAGAUAUAGAAAAUGUAAUUGACAAUAGAGAUAUUGUUGUUGAGACUCAAACUGGUACACUGAAGAGAAUUAGUGAGUUGCACCCGUCAUAUCUCGCACUACAGUAUCCGAUUUUGUUUCCAUACGGAGAUGAUGGCUACCGAAUAGAUAUCCCUCACAGAGGUGUCAUUGAUGUUGUUAAUAAGAAACGUCCAAAUUGUACUAUGAGAGAGUUCUUUGCUUAUCGUAUGCAGGAUCGGAUAAAUCAAUUUUCGUUAAUCUUGAAUUCUAGGAGGUUAUUCCAGCAGUUCUUGGUUGAUGCUUAUACUAUGAUAGAGAGUGAGAGACUUAGCUAUAUACGAUAUCAACAGAAAGAUCUUAGGUCUGACACAUAUGAAAGCCUCCGUAAAUUAAAAACACAUGGUCAAGAUGAUAUAUCUAAGGCUGGAAAACGUAUCUUCUUGCCAUCUUCCUUUACUGGUGGAGCACGAUAUAUGAUGCAAAACUAUUUAGACGCUAUGGCUUUGUGUAAAUGCUUUGGUUAUCCGGAUUUUUUUAUAACCAUAACAUGCAAUCCCAAAUGGCCAGAAGUACAACGAUUUCUCAAAGACACCAAUCUCAGUCCGGAAGAUAGGCCUGAUAUCCUCUCCAGAUUGUUCAAAAUUAAGCUUGAUUCAAUUUGCAAAGAUUUAAAAAAGAAUCAUCUAUUUGGCAAAGCUUCAGCAGUUGUUUACACAAUCGAGUUUCAAAAACGUGGUUUGCCUCAUGCCCAUUUAUGCUUAUUCAUGGAGCCUGAAUCGAAAUUACCUACGGUGGACCAUGUUGAUGGAUUUAUAUGCGCAGAAAUACCUGACAGAAAGGAAGAUCCAGAAUUAUUCAUGCUUGUGAAAGAAUAUAUGAUACACGGUCCAUAUGGUAAUGCAAGGUUGAGUUCUCCAUGUAUGGUUGAUAGGAAGUGUUCAAAAGGCUUUCCCAAAGACUUUCAAGAUCAUACUACACUAGAUUCAAACGGCUUUCCUUUAUACAGAAGGAGAAACAAUGGCGCUUUAGUUGUGAAAAAUAAAAUUGACCUUGAUAACAGAAGUGUGGCCGCUUCGAUAAAGUAUCUGUUUAAAUACAUUAAUAAAGGACCUGACCGAGCGACUAUAGCCGUUGUUCAAAGCGAUAAUCAAUCUGACGAACAAGUACAAGACGAGAUAAAAGAGUAUUAUGAUUGUCGAUAUAUUUCAGCUUGCGAAGCAUCUUGGAGGAUAUUUGCCAAUGAAGUGCAUUAUAGACGACCUUCUGUUAUGAGACUUCCGUUCCAUCUACCUGGCCAACAACCUGUUGUUUUCGGUCCUGAUGAGGAUAUUAACUAUGUUCUAAACAAACCAUCUGUUAAAUCUUCAAUGUUUCUCUCAUGGAUGGAACGUAAUAAAGACCCAAAUGACACGUUGGCCCGUACACUUACAUAUGUUCAGUUUCCCAAUUUUUAUGUUUGGAAGCUUGAUAAGCGAGUAUGGGAACCUAGACAAAGGAAAACAGCUAUUGGCAGGAUUCAUUCCGUACCUCCGUCACUUGGUGAAGCUUAUUUUUUGAGAAUUCUUCUUAACAAGGUCAGAGGACCAACAUCGUUCGAUGACAUUAAAACAGUUAAUGGUCAUGUUUACGAUACAUAUAGAGAUGCUUGCUACGCGCUCGGUCUUUUGGAUGAUGACUCCGAGUAUGUGGAGGCAAUAAAGGAAGCAAGUUUAUCAGGAAGCGCUUCAUAUAUUCGUAAUUUAUUUUGUACCAUGCUGUUAUCGAGUAGUCUUUCUAGACCUGAGGUUGUUUGGGAAAGUUCAUGGAAAUACAUGACAGACGAUUUUUUAUAUAGACUUCAGAAAUACCAUCGAGUUACAGCGUUAUCAAUUCCGGAGCACCAACUGAAAAACUAUGCUUUGUGCGAGAUUGAGAAGUUUUUACUGCGAAAUAAUUCAUCCUUGCGAAGAUUUCAAACAAUGCCAUUUCCAGAUAUGUCGUCUUCAGGCAGUUCAGAUAGUCGUUUGAUAUUUGAGGAGCGGGCGUAUGAUAUAACACAUCUUGGAAAUCUGUACGAUAGUCAGUUGACAAUGUUAAUUGAUGAACAACGCUCUGUCUUUGAAGAAAUUAUGGCAGCAGUGAAUGGUGAUAACGGUGGGAUUUUUUUCCUUUACGGCUAUGGUGGAACAGGUAAAACAUUUUUAUGGAAGACAUUGUCCGCUGCAAUUAGAUCAAAAGGUCAAAUCGUUUUAAAUGUGGCUUCAAGUGGAAUUGCAUCGUUGUUGUUAGAUGGUGGCAGGACAGCACAUUCCAGGUUUCACAUACCUUUGAAUCUUACUGAAGACUCUGUAUGUAAUAUAAAACCAGAAAGUGACGUGUCUAAAUUACUGCAUGAGACGAAAUUAAUAAUUUGGGAUGAAGCACCUAUGGUACACAAACAUGCAUUCGAAGCGCUCGAUAGAACAAUGAAUGACGUUUUCAACAUCGACCAAUCUCUCAAUUCAGACAUCAGGUUUGGAGGUAAGGUAAUUGUUUUUGGUGGCGAUUUCAGACAAAUAUUACCUGUCGUUCCAAACGGUGGAAGACAAGAGAUUGUUAAUGCCUCCUUAUCUUCAUCUUACUUGUGGAGUAAAUGUAAAUUGCUAAGAUUAACAAGAAACAUGAGGUUAACCGUUGGAAGGUCGACGGAAGAAAUUGAAGAAAUAAACACUUUUGCGAAAUGGCUUUUGGAUUUGGGUGAGGGUAAUGUUGGUGGUCCAAAUGAUGGGGAAGCAACUAUUGAAAUACCACAAGAUCUUCUGAUUACUGAUGAAUCUGACCCAAUUGCAGGUUUAAUUGAUUUCGUUUAUCCAUCAAUCUUGCAAAACAUCAACAACCAUAAUUAUUUUAGUGAGCGUGCUAUACUUGCACCGAAGAAUGAUGUUGUGCAUGAGAUUAAUGACAGGUUGCUAUCAAUGUUUCCUGGUGAAGAAAGAGAGUAUCUUAGCUCUGACAGUCUUUGUCCAACCGAAGAUGUAAAUGCUACACAACAAAGAAUAUACUCUCCGGAUGUGCUCAAUGGACUUAAAAUUUCUGGCUUACCAAAUCAUAGGUUGGUGCUAAAAGUUGGUGUUCCAGUAAUGUUAUUACGAAAUAUUGACCAACGGAAUGGUUUGUGCAACGGUACAAGGCUACAAGUAAAAAAGUUGUACAACCGUGUAAUAGAAGCCGAGAUAAUAUCUGGUGCAAAUAUUGGUACUUCCACAUAUAUACCUCGGAUUAAUUUGAUCCCUUCUGAUAAAAAGAUUCCUUUUGCUUUUCAAAGGAGGCAAUUUCCACUUUCCGUAUGUUUUGCGAUGACAAUAAACAAAAGUCAAGGGCAGUCGCUUUCUAGAGUUGGUUUGUACCUGAAACAACCCGUCUUCUCUCAUGGUCAAUUGUAUGUUGCUUUAUCAAGGGUGAAAACAAGAGAUGGGGUCAAACUACUCAUACUUGACAACAAUGGAAAGCCGACAGAUAAAACAAAUAAUGUUGUUUAUAAAGAGAUUUUCAACGAAUUAUAA